AUGUCCGAGGCAACCAACGUCUGGUGGCGCACGCCUUUGUCUAACCACAGCCUCGAAGCUCAUUCGUUCAAUUUUGCUCAAUUUGAUCCUGUGAACUGGGAUGACGACGACAAAUCCAGUUCCACAGUCGCGGGCGAUGAAAAGUUCAUACCAACACCCAGCGAAAGCACCCAGGACGAUGUCGUCGGCCUCGACAACGACACCUACCACUGCUCUCCGUAUGAAAGCAGCAGCUUCCUCAGCGACGUCGUGCCGUGGCCGGGCCACACCUUCGUCAUCCGGGACCUGGACUCCCACAGGAUGAUCACGAUCGUGGACGGCGUGGUGCGGCUAAAAUUUAACAUAGGCGGCCAGGGCGGGUACUACUGGCAGUGUGUCGAGAAGAACGGGUGGCUCGGGUUCCGCGACCCGGUGCACGGGAUGUACCUGGGGCAUAACGGGCAGGGCAGGUUCAUCGCCGAGGUGAAGCACCACCGCAGCUACGAGCAGUUCUGCGUGCGGAAGCAUCCGAAGCAGGGCUACAUCCUGCUGACGCAUAACUCUCGGCUGGGAGGAUGCGAGAUGAAGAAAAUGGCCGUCGCGGAAGAUGGCGACAGACUGGUCGAGACGACAGCCGAAGGGGCUGUUUGGGGAUUCGAGAGGACUACAUAG